AUGGAACAAAAGAGAACCGAGCUACUGCGCGAGAAGACAGUUGACGAGUUCGAUGUGAUCCUCCAGGGCUCGGCCGAGCAUCUGCAGGCCAUCAGAGAUCUGCACGCCCACCAGGAGGCCAAGAGGAACGAGCUGAAGGAGCGCCAUGGAGAUGUCUAUGCCAACAUUGAAAGGGUCAAGUCCGAAUUGGACGCUCUCGCGGCCGAACUCCAUCAAGUCACGGCCCACGCCGUCUCGCUUGAUGCCUCUUUCGACCGGUACGGAUAUUCCGCCCAUCUGAGGACCAAAGACGACGUCUCCGAAAGUGCCUCCUUCCACAGCGGUCACCCGUCCGCGAGUGACAAGCACAACGACCGCACCACCGACGGGCUCAGGUUCAUUCGUCGUCCCACCGUCCGUCAAUACUUUCACAAAGGCCUGCUCUGGAGAUCUGCCAAAGCGGGGGAAGUCGCCUCGUUCGAGCUCUUCGUCGACCUGGUCUAUGUUGGCGUGAUAGACAUCGUAGGUGAAAGAGCGGUCGAACAUCCGGGCGGCUUGUCUCUGCUCCACUUCGUCAUUGUGUUUGCCAUCGGUUGGAGAAUCUGGUCGGACUUGAUGUCUAUCAUCAAUUAUUUCGAGAUUGACGACAUCUUUCAACGGCUGAACGUCAUCUUCUACCUCGUCUGCCUGUUUGGCUUCACGACCAAUAUCGCCUACGCUUUCGAAACAACGUAUACCUCGGUCGUUGCCUUCUACAUUACCCAACGAUUGUUUGCCGCUGUGUGGUAUGUCGGUACGGGCAUCAUUCUGCCGAACAUUCGAGGCACCAUGGUGACCAUGGCCAUUCUCGUGCUGAUCUCCUGCGCAAUCUGGAUCGGAAGUAUUCAUGUCGAAUGGCCUAAUCAACUGGCGUUGAUUUUUGUAGCCCUGGCAUUUGACGCAUUUGGCGGGGUCUUCUUGAUCUACCUCGUGAAGAACGCGGGCCACAAGACGUUCCUGAACGCCAUCGCCAAGUACUUCGAGUUCUUUCCCGCCAUCAACAUCGAGCAUCGCGUUGAGCGCAACAAUGCGUUUGUGUCCUUGGUUUUUGGCUACUCCAUCCUCACCAUCUUGUUUCAGUCAAGAGCCUCGUUUGGGAUCAACGCUUUUUUCGGCAAAGGUGUCCUUGGUCUCAUUCAGGCUUUCAUCUUCAACUGGAUCUAUUUCGAAAUAGAUGCAUAUCACAUCCACGUCCACGCCAUCCGACGACACGCCGUCAGCAGCACCGUCUGGAUAACCGCUCAUCUUCCCUUCAUUAUGGGAUAUGUCCUGGCGGCAUCCACUCUUUCGCGGCUCGUCCUUGCCCACGAUUGCGCCGAUGCCAAUCAGGAAAGCCUGGGUGAGCAUUAUCAAGAGCUAAGCGAACCAGAAGUCGGCCAAGCCCUCCGAUGGUUCUACUGCUGCGGGCUAGGGCUCGCGUUGAUAUCGAUGGCUGUCAUCUCCUUCUGCCAUAUUCACAAGCGCCUCGCCAAUGCCCGGCUUCGGAAACGGCCACGCCUGGCCAUUCGGGUCGGGGUGGCGGUCGUCAUCAUUUGCCUCCCUCUGGCCGACUCGCUUUCUUCCUUGGACCUCAUCUCCAUCACCACCGCACUGGUCUUCUUCGUCCUUGCCCUGGAUCUCUUUGGCAAUUCCUGUGAGGGUGAUGGUUUCUGGACCGGCGGCUUCGGCGCAAAGGAGAAGAAGGAUUGCGUCUACACUGCCAAUUGCAAGAUGGGAAGAAAGCGACGGCGAGAGUUGGAGAGGGCAAUCCAGAAUAGGGAGAAGGUGUCUCUGACAGACCUGCUGAAAAGAAGUUCAAGCAUGGGUAGCGUGGAGAGCGAGGAAAGCAGAGCGGAGGGAUGGCACGGCGGCCACUAUUGA